CUCACGGAAACCGUUGCUUUGUGUUGGAAGGAACGUUUGUUGUGUAUCGUAAACCUGAAGCCAAAAAGCCGCCAAGAAGCCAAGUAGAAGCGUGGACGGUAGACGCCAUUCCAGUUGUAUACGCAAGCCGGCAUCAGUGCAGUGUUUGAAGCGGUACUGUGCAAAUAUAAAAUAUUACAGAGAGAUUUAUUUGUGUGUGUGGUUGUAUUUUAAGUAUUGAACCAUUAUUACCAACGCAUAUUUGAAUCCUGCUGCAAUGGCUGAAUUACAAGCUGCUGCUAUAUCACCGGAAGCUCUUCAAGCGGUGAAUGUUAGGAACUUAUCGGUUGCGCAGCUGGAGUUGGAGGGUAAUCCAAAUACUUUAGCAUUAAGAAGGCCUUUUGAUCCUGUGGCACAUGAGUUGGACGCAUCUUUCCGUCUGACACGUUUUGCUGAUCUAAAAGGAUGAGGGUGUAAAGUCCCCCAGGAGGCUCUUUCGAAGCUUCUGGAGGGACUUCAGCAAGACGAAGAUCAUGCUCAGGAUGAACAUGCCCACUUUAUGCAUAUGGCAAUUCCUAGAAUUGGGAUUGGUAUGGAUUGCUCUGUAACCCCAUUGCAACAUGGUGGGCUCUCGCUUGUUCAGACUACUGACUUUUUUUAUCCAUUGGUAGAUGAUCCUUACAUGAUGGGCAAGAUUGCGUGUGCAAAUGUGCUUAGCGAUAUGUAUGCGAUGGGUGUCACAGAAUGCGAUAACAUGUUGAUGCUUCUGGGGGUUUCGACCAAGAUGACUGAGAAGGAACGCGAUAUUGUGAUGCCCCUCAUAAUGAGAGGAUUCAAAGAUUCAGCCCUGGAAGCUGGUACCACAGUGACUGGUGGACAGACGGUAGUGAAUCCAUGGUGCACGAUCGGAGGAGUUGCUUCCACAGUCUGCCAGCCGAACGAAUACAUCGUUCCUGACAAUGCUGUGGUCGGAGACGUUCUCGUUCUGACCAAACCCUUGGGUACACAGGUGGCUGUAAAUGCUCACCAGUGGCUGGAUCAGCCAGAAAGAUGGAACAGAAUCAAACUUGUUGUUUCAGAAGAUGAUGUCAGAAAAGCAUAUCAGAGAGGCAUGGAUUCCAUGGCAAGAUUAAACAGAAUUGCUGCACGUCUGAUGCACAAAUACAACGCUCAUGGUGCCACGGAUGUCACCGGAUUUGGUCUGCUGGGGCACGCACAGAAUUUGGCAAGACAUCAAAAAAAUGAAGUGUCAUUUGUUAUCCAUAACUUACCUGUCAUAGCAAAGAUGGCUGCUGUGGCCAAAGCCUGCGGAAACAUGUUCCAGCUGCUGCAAGGUCAUUCUGCAGAGACGUCAGGUGGCUUACUGAUCUGCUUGCCGAGAGAACAGGCUGCAGCUUAUUGCAAAGACAUUGAGAAGCAAGAAGGGUACCAGGCUUGGAUCAUAGGCAUCGUUGAGAAAGGGAACCGAACAGCUCGAAUCAUCGAUAAACCUCGCGUCAUCGAAGUCCCUGCUAAAGAAAAAGACGGAGAACUGUGGUAGGCACCUGAAAUGCAGUCCAGAAAUAAAUUCGGUGUAUAUCAGAACAAAUUAUGACGCACACAGACUGGUAUAAAGUACUGUUGAUGGGACACCAACAUUCUGGUCUCUGAUCUCCUGCUGGUUAAUAUUUUUAUGAUGCACGAGAAACAGGUCCUCAUUAUAUCAUGGCAAUUUGUAAUUUUUUAUGAAGCUGUAUUGAGCAAAUUUAGUGCUAUAGGGUCUGUCAAUUUUUAUAUUAUCUGGCCACAGUCUGCUUGUGUUAUAGUGCUUAACUGCACAUUUAACUACUCGUGCAAAAUGUAGUCAUGUAUUUCUAUGUCCAGCUUUUAGGUAAUGGGGCCUGUUGUCUUUGUAUACAUGCUCUUUUGUAGCGAUGCCUCUCCGCUGCACUGGCGUGUAUAAUAUAAAAGCAUUUGAGCAAAUACUGAGCAUUAAUACCUAAUAUUAGCCUAGUAACAUGGACAAGUAUGAUGAUGCAUGCAUGCAAAUUUCCAUCCAUAACUUUAAGGUUGUUUGAACGAUUGGUGGGAUGGAGUUUGGAUUGAAGAGUAUCUUCGUUCGUAUGUAGUUUUACGUUAAACAGUAUUUGUGCCAUAUUAAAUGAGGCCUCAGAAUUAAUGGCUGCAUAUGUGGAGAUGCCUAAUGUCAUCUUGAGGGUUUGACGCUCUGACUGUGAAGGUCACUGAAGAGUAUGGUCUCCUGUGUAGUUCAGAGACAUUCCUUCCUUCCCUUCGGCGCUACAGCUCAGGGUGAGCUUUGUCCUCCUGAAUAAUCUGUCUCUAUUCUUCGUCCAUCCAUCCGAGGCAGAUUGUCUGGUUUCUGAACAAUUUAGUUUUUAUGAUGUGACGUUAUUAGCCUCACUACCAACCCCAAAACUGGAGGACCAGGGUAUCCCUCUUCAUCUGGCUCCUACUUCUUGACCUGUCUGACAUGGGUGACCCUACCAAUAACUAUUCUAUUGCCAGCAUAGGUUUCAGGGUCUCAGGAGCACUCGAACCCCACCACCACGAUAAGGUGGAGACACCAUUGGUGGGGGCAGAGGCAUUCCAGGCAAAUAUAUUUCCUACUUCUUCAGGGUUGAAGAGUAAGCCAAACAAAAAAUCAACAUAGGCUGGUGGUGAGCUGAGCAGCUUGGGUUACUGUUCGACCCUAAAGAUCUGGUCCUCUGGAACAUAAGGCUGUCCUGAAGCUACAUGGCAUAUCAAUCCUGGAGACCAUACUCAUCAUAGUCACUGCGGAGAGAACCUCAACUCCUACGUGAAGAGAGAUCAGACACUGUGUAGUCAGGUAGAUCAUUAGCAAUAUUCUACCCUGAAGAUGGAAUCAACAGAUUCAUCUGAAAAUUUAUCUACCAAACUGCAUGGUAUCACGGCGUAGAAAAUGAUAAUGUUUGUAGUAGCUUCAUGAUUAAUGCGUAAUGUGGAACAUUAAAAGAUUAGUUAAUUUUUUACUUUGGAAGUAAUCUUGCAGAAAUGGUAUUAAUGUGACAGAUGGGAGUAUUAUCUUGCCAUUCAGGAAAUGCAGGAUUGAGUGAUCUUUGUAUUUCUGUUAUGUGUCUUAAGACAUGUCUGAGGUUAUGUCAUACCUUGAAUGGGCACCUUACAUAAAGAAAAGUCCAAAUAGCAGACCUGCGAUAUAACUUCCAUUCCCGUCGUAAGUUGAAAUUAAAAUCUAAUGAUGAUGACACAAGCUCAGAAAUGUCUUACACAUACAUCACAUUACACCUUGUAACUACUAAUGAAAUGUUCUGAGGGGAGGGGUUGAAUAAGAUGGGUAAAGAGAUAUUUAUUGAUGAUUUUAAUUGUAACUACUCACAAAGCUGCUGAUAAAGUGAGAGAAUUAUUUUGUUGCAGACAGCAGAGCAAGACUGCAUAUAGUGUCUAUUUUAGGAAGACGUGUGAAUGUUUUGUAGGUGUUGGUACUUGUGUAUUGAUAUGUGUUUUGCGACAGCCAUGAUGCUGUAUCACUAAAGCCAGGUAAACCUGCCACAGUAUGCAUCACAAGAGGGUGUGGCACUGUUAGCAGGGUACAUGAAAGCAGCUGUGAACUGUCAUUACAGAGAUCAAGAACAGUGUGAGAAGUAUCUAAUGGUGGCACCAUGAUCUCCAUGUUUGUAGGAAAGUCUGUAUUCAUGCAUAAUAGCCUUGUUUCCAGAGAGGAACAUAGCCUUCAUGUUUACCAUCUGGUCAGUGUCUGUGCAGAACCCAUGUUGAACAAUUUCUGCCACCAGUGUCCUCUCUUCUGCUGUGCUUUUUAUGUAACGUAGUCUUAAGGCUGCCUUACCAGGAAACAGUGUACCAAUCUGAGGCUUUGCACGUAGCUGCCGUCACUAACCAUUGGGGCUUUAGAUAAUAGAAAAUGUGUUUCAGUCCCAUUUCAUCCACCUGCAUAAUUAACUGAGCCCUAGGUGAAGCUAGCGAAACAGUGAUGGCAACUGUACUGCCUUUUUCUGGAGUUUGCAGUACCACAUUUUAUCUGGGAGGAGUUCUGUGCCACUGGUACUGUGGCACGUUGGAAUUAGACAUAAACAGUCAGUGAAUUGUAUCAUAUAGCCACUGAACUUACACUGCAUAGGUUCUACAAUAAGAUGUGCAGAAUGAAAAACAGCAGUGCACAUGGGCUGUGUGAUUAAUUCUGUUGGAGUGUGAAACAAUGUUAUUAAUGCUGCAUUGUGGUGAGUGAAUGGCACAAGGCCUAUCAUGUCAGCAGGACAGAGAAACAUUCCAGGCAUCGCUGCAGAGAGCACGCUGGUGGCAGCCAUGGUGAGCAUGGUUCAGUGUGUGUGCGCCAUGCUGUAGCAGAUUUAUUUGGCACAAGUUAUACUAGUUCUUGAAAUUUACUCAAUUUGGAUGACUUCACUCUACAAAGAAGUCAUGCUACAUUAGGGAUAUACUUAAAUGAAGUUGUAGCAGAAUGUUUAUUCUCCAUCUACAAAAUUAAUAUAAAUAGUUUAGAAGGUCAUGUUCAUUUCAUCAUAAUCUUUGAAAAAUUGAAGACAAACUUUUGGGAACAGGAGUAAUUACAGUAUAGUGACUUACGUAUGUUGGGUCAAUGUACAGAAAUACCGUUCAUUGAAGUGGAGAUGAUUUUUUGAGUGUGCAGGACUGAUGAUGUUGCUGUGAAUUACAAUAUGAGGGCUGUCAACUUGCGGCCUGCAAGACUCUAACUUCUGUUCCUCAAAAUGUGUGUUUAACCCAUUCUUUCUCUUUGAAGAGCUCUCUGAAUCUGGCCUAGAAAGUUAAUGAAAAUUGCUUACUGCAUAUUUUAUGUAAUUUUACAAUUGGUCCAAUACUAUGUUUAAUUUGUAACAUAGGAAAGUAAGGAAUUAAUAUGUCUCCAUGAUUAUAGGCAAUGUCGAUACAGUCUGAUUUUUAAGCACUGUCGACUUGGCACCAUUUAAUUAAAAUGUUUUUUAAAUUUCAUGAAUGCCCUUGUGUGCUUUGCAGGGCAGACAUUUGUAUUGAUACAUUGGAGAAAAUAAAUUUCUAUUGUAAUGUGGCACCCAGCUAGGUACCCGGCAUAUAAUGCAGCCCUUAACUGGUUUGAAGUUUGACAGCUGUCAUAUAUCAUUCCUUGCACAGCUCUCUUUAACUUGUUUUCUCUUUAUUUGAGCCUGGAAUAAUCACACGCCUGUUAUUUUGCUUUACAGUGAAACUUGGAGUCAUUUAAAUUGUGUAAUUGCAUUGUGUUUUAGAAAAUAACACAGAUUAAUUUGAUAUCAGCUUAACAGCCAGGUGUAGUAAUGCAUGAACAUUUUAAUGAAUCAGUAGCUCUUCUAGUGCAUCACUAAAGGAACAUUAGUCAAGACAUUGCUGUGCGCUCAGAAAAGUGAUAUGACCCACAACAGCAGAUUUUUUCUCUUGUAGAAAAUCAGAAAUUGUGCCAUAUUUCAUGAAUCUUUAAAUUUUGCUGUAUCUACAAGUGAUGACUUUGCUUUAGUAACCUGGCACUUCCUUCAGUGAACUAAAGAUUUGUUCCAUUCCCUUACUAGUUUUGACUCUUGGUUAAGAUGCAGAGAACUUUGGUGCUAACCUUCUAGCAUAAAGAUUAUAACAGAACCAUAAGUAAUCAUGUAGACAAGUUUUCAAGUGGUGAUAUUGUUUAAGUUGGUUAUUAAACAGUGCUGUCAAUAUCAAGAAUGCAGUGUUGGAUGAUUAAAGAAUGUGAAGCAGUUAGAAUGAGAACUGGCAGGGGAAGGUGAAGUACUCAACAAAACCUGCCCCAGUACAACUAUGUCCACCACAAAUCCAGCAUGAGCUGAUGUGAGAUCAAAUGUGGGCUCCUGCAGUGGGAAGCUGGCAACAGUCGUGGACAACACUCGGACAGUCACAGCCAGCGGUGGAGUGUGCAGUUUCUCUGGAGGGGAGGAGUGGCUGCUUCAUGCAUUCACAUGAGGUUAGCAGCUGUAUGUGGGGAAGCAGAACCAUGUUUCGCUGGAUAGCAGAGUUCAAAGACGGCAAGGACUGUGCAGAAAAUGACAAAAGCAGUGGGUGUCCAGCAACAGCACACACACCAGACGGUACCCAGCACACCAUCAUACAUCGGAACUUGAAGAUGAAAAAGGUCUGUGCUCAAUGGGUGCCCCAUUCACUGACCAUCGCGCAGAAGCAGAAGCGUACAAUCUAGUAACUUCCUAAUGGUGAUGUAAUGACAUAUGUGACUGCCAGAUGGUGACACAGUAUACACUCUUGGUUCCGUCUUUACAGUUAUAAGUGUGGUUCCACUUUAAGCAAAAUUCAUAUUUACUGUUCCCAUUUCGUAGUUGAGAAAAAACGUGCACAGGAAACUGAAGGAAGUCUUUGUUACGUUAAUUAACUUAGUUCAAACAUGUGUUUCCACAUUGUGUCUUAGAUUAUGGCCUGAAAUCAUUAACUCAGUUAUCAAUAUACUAAAUUAGUACACAGUAUAAUGUAUGGUUUUUUUUUAUUUUAAAUGUUUAUUAAAGAUCUUGGUUGUCUAAAAGUGAAGUAUGUAUAUUGUGUAGUUAAAUUCUAUGUUUCAAGUAUUAGAAUAUUCAGUUAACCACAGAUAGCAGUAAGCUUAAAAGAUUUGAAUUUCCAGAAAUGAAAGAAUAAAUAUAAAAAAUAAGUGAG